GGAUAAAUACAAUGCGAUAAUGCGAGGAUUCUAAUAAAGGUGUCUCGAUCGCUUUCCAGAAAGUCAAGCUCCACCAAAAUAUGACUGCCUUCAUACCGCUCUUCAUCUGUGGGGUGUGCACAUUGCUUUUAUCAGCUGCACUCUAUGUUUUAAAAGUUUUUAAGCAAUCAGCUUUAAAUUUGCCUCCUGGUCCGUUUCCUCUUCCGAUCAUUGGCAACCUGCAUUUGCUGGACAUAAGAAGGCAAGACAAGUCACUAAUGAAGAUUUCAGAGAAAUACGGCCCUGUGUUCACUGUCCAUUUGGGCUUUCAGAAGGUGGUGGUGCUCACUGGCUACGAGGCAGUAAAGGAUGCCCUUCUGAACACAGCAGAUGUGUUUGAGGACAGACCAGCUAUACCCAUAUUUUAUCACAUUCAACAUGGAAAUGGUGUGUUCUUUUCUUCUCAAGAGCUCUGGAAGACGACACGGCGGUUCACCAUAGCCACCAUGCGGGAUCUUGGCAUGGGGAAGCACCUUGGAGAAGAAAGGAUGCUUGAGGAGCUUCACUUUCUCAUUGAUUUGAUCAGAUCCUUCAAAGGUGGACCCUUUCAAUUACGAUUUUUGAAUAUGGCCCCCACCAACAUCACCUUUGCUAUUCUCUUUGGAAGAAGGUUUGAUUAUGAAGACCCAACGUUUCUCACCCUGUUAAGACUCAUAGAUGACGUUAUGCACCUUCUUGGCUCUCCAUUCUUGCAUUUAUUUAAUUUCUACCCAUUCCUUGGAUUUCUUCUCAAACCUCACAAGAUGAUACUGAAAAAAGUAGAAGAGGUGUGUGUGAUCUUAAAGGAGCACAUCAAGGAAAGCAAAGAAAGUCUUAAUGAAAACAACCUGACAAGCUACAUUGAUGCAUUAGUAUUCAAACAAGAGCAAAAUAAAAGCGAUAUUCUUUUUCAUGAUGCAAAUAUAUUGGCCUCUGCACUCGACCUGCUCAUGGCUGGCACUGAGACAACAUCCACGACAUUGCAGUGGGCCAUCCUUCUGCUGAUGAAGUACCCUGAGAUUCAAAAAAAGGUGCAUGCAGAGAUUGAGCGAGUUCUUGGCCCUGGCUGCUUGCCUACAUUUGAGGACCGGAAAAACAUGCCAUUUACCAACGCAGUGAUCCACGAGGUGCAGAGAUUUGUCACCCUCCUGCCACAUGUUCCACGGUGCACCUCUGUUGACACCCACUUUAAAGGCUACUUCAUCCCCAAGGGAACAACAGUGAUUCCUCUGCUCACCUCUGUGCUGCUGGAUAAAACACAAUGGGAGACGCCAGAUGAGUUCAACCCCAACCAUUUCCUCGAUGUGGAUGGGAACUUUGUAAAGAAGAAAGCGUUCCUGCCCUUCUCCACAGGGCGGAGAAACUGCAUUGGAGAAAGUCUUGCCACGAUGGAGCUCUUCAUCUUCUUCACAGGCUUGCUCCAGAAAUUUACUUUUAAACCUCCACCUGAGGUUAAAGAAUCUGAGCUGGACACGACUGCAGAGGCUGGAUUCACCAUGAGACCCCAUCCACAGUGUGCCUGCGCUGUGCUACGCCAAUAAGCCCAAGGCUCUGAAAUGAGAAAAAUCCACAUAAUUAUUUUGUGCAGAGCCUGGCAGAUGCACAAAGGAGAAACCAGAUCCCUGUGCAGUAGAUACAAAUAGCGUCUUAAAGCCUUGCAAAUACUGGCUAUAUGCUUAAAAUAUCUCUUGAACAAAUAUUUUUCUAAGAAGCAGAAGGCGGCUGGUGUGUAAGGUUACCUGGAAAAUUCCAGCCAGAUACAUGACUGGAAAUAACAGGACAGCCACUACUUUACACAUCAAAUACACAACAUAAAAAGUUAUUUUAGUUCUGAGCUUCAGGGAGAGGUUGCUUCUCAAGAGCGGAUCAUUUCUUCCCUUGGAGAGUAAUAUUAGAUACAAAUCGUCUAAUCCCUGCUCUUUUCCCAUUCUCUACUGCACAUGGGAUAAAUUAUUCCCAAAUAACUGCACUUUCUGUGUCUGAUGGAUGCUCUUACAACACUUUCCAGACUUCUGAUUUUGAAUCACAGAUAUCUCCCAAACCCUGGACAUUUUAGGUGGUAUUUGACCGCUUCUGGGUACAGGCUCUGCUCUGCCUGCACAGAUGUGGGGCUUAACAGCUCUCCAGACAAGUGAAGACCCUCCCAACAUUUUUACACAGGUAGCUCAGAUAGAUAAGCAGAACUUCCCGAGCACCAUGUGUGAACA